CCGCCGGAGGAGGGGCAGGGAGGGAGGCACGGCCGUGCCGCGGGGGCUCUGCGGCGGAAACCCGCUGUCCUCCCAGCCCCGCUCCCCGGAGCAUCCCCCUCCGGGCACAGCAUCCCCCUCCGGGCACAGCAUCCCCCUCCGGGCACAGCAUCCCCCUCCGGGCACAGCAUCCCCCUCCGGGCACAGCAUCCCCCGCUGCCGUGGCGCCUCGGGUGCGCCCACUCGCCGCAGAUCUCCUCCCUCCACAUCAUUCAGUUCAUCCGGAUUUAUUUAAUUUUUUUUUUUUUUUCUUUUUGACCUGCACGUUGGGGUUUAGUUUAUGUUUUGAUUUUUUAUUUUUUUUUUUUUUUUCGUUUGUUUGUUUUCCGUCUAUUCGGAAAUACAGGCGCAGAGGGCGGGCACCAGCCCGGUGACUCUCCACACAUCCCCCCCGGGAGAGAGGCGCUCGCAGCCGCUCCGAGGGUGCAGCCGGCUCCCGGCUGAGCCUCUCCUCAUCCCGGGAGCGGGCGGACAAGCCCGGCUGUGGAGCACUUAAAACGUUCACCUGUCGACCUCGUGUGAAAUAAAUGGCAAUGGUGUUUGUAUCUCUCAGGUUACAGUGUAAAGAAAGGUGCAUGCUUACCCACCUUAUGAACAAACAGGAUGCUCACCAGAACCCCGAGUGUUGUUGCCCAAGUGUUCCUUCUUCUAAGCAUAGUUCUUGUUAUUGCUAUUGCAGUGAUUCAGAUAAAUCAGCAACAGGUCCUCUCCCCAGGGCUUAAGUAUGGAAUAGUCCUUGAUGCUGGAUCCUCUCGGACUACAGUCUAUGUCUAUGAGUGGCCAGCGGAAAAAGAAAACAACACGGGAGUAGUGAGCCAAACCUUCAAGUGCAAUGUGAAAGGCCCUGGUAUAUCCAGCUAUGAGAGUAGCCCUGGAGCUCUUGCCAAGCCUCUUGAUGACUGUCUGAAUAAAGUCAAGGAGAGAAUACCAGUUCAUCUGCAUAAAAACACUUCUGUUUAUCUGGGGGCUACAGCUGGCAUGAGACUGCUGAGGUUGCAAAAUGAAUCGGCAGCCAAUGAAGUCCUUGCAAGCAUUCAAAACUACUUCAGAUCACAACCUUUUGAAUUUAGGGGUGCGCAGAUCAUAACUGGGCCAGAGGAAGGGGUGUAUGGAUGGAUAACGGCCAACUAUUUAAUGGGCAAUUUCUUAGAGAGAAACCUUUGGAGGACAUGGGUCCAUCCUUACAGAAAAGAGACUAUGGGUGCACUGGACCUUGGAGGAGCUUCCACUCAAAUUUCAUUUAUCCCCGAGGACCCUGAGGAGCACUUCAAUAGCACCUUGCAAGUGAAGUUAUAUGGUUACAACUACAAUGUCUACACUCACAGCUACCAGUGCUAUGGGAGAGAUGAAGCUGAGAAAAGGCUUUUAGCAUUGCUGUUCCAGAAAUCAAACACCAGUGCCAAUGUGGAUAAUCCCUGUUACCCUCAAAACUAUAACACAGCAUUAACGAUGAAGUACUUCUUUGGCAGCCUUUGUACACAGUCUCUGAGACCAGCAAAUUACUACCCCAACCAGCUUGUGAAUUUCCAUGGAACAGGAGACCCAGGUCUGUGCCAGGAGAUGGUUUCUUUAUUGUUUAACUUCACUGCUUGCAGAGACAGAGAGGACUGUUCAUUUAAUGGAAUACAUCAGCCAAGAGCAAAAGGGAAUUUUGUGGCUUUCUCUGGAUUCUACUAUACAAUUAAUGCUUUGAAUUUAUCUGGGCACUUUUCUCUGGAUGACUUCAAUUCGAGUAUGUGGUUUUUCUGUUCACAGAGCUGGUCACAGCUCCAGUUUAUGCUGCCUAAAUUUGAAGAAAUAUAUGCCAGAUCCUACUGUUUCUCAGCCAAUUUCAUAUAUUACUUGCUUGUACAUGGUUACAACUUCAAUGCAGAAACUUGGCCACAGAUACAUUUUCAAAAGGAGGUUGGUAACAGCAGUAUAGCGUGGUCACUCGGUUACAUGUUAAGCCUCACAAACAUGAUUCCAGCAGAAGGCAAGCUGAUCCAGUUACCUCUGAAACCUCCUCUGUUUGCUGGGCUCCUCGUCUUCCUCACAGCCACAGCACUGUUGUGUCUCCUCUUCCUCGUCUACUUGUGUAUUGCAUCGCAUCAUCGGAAGAACAUCCCUCACGUUGAACACGUAUUUAUUGCAGAAUGAAUGAUCUUUGCUGAAGACAAAACAAAAAUUUGAUAGUGCUAUUAAGCAGAACUUUAUUUUGUACACCGCCCCCAUUUUUCAAAAAUAGACAGCAAAACUGACUUCUGAACCAGAGGCAUCAAUAGAGAAGAGGCACAAAGGAAUCUGUGAUAUGGUGAAUUGGAGUGCUUUUGGUAAUUUUGGUAAUUGUUUCUGUAAACCUCAUUUGUCCAGUAUGCAGCAGAGAAAACAUGGGCAGACAUAUCACUUUGCUUUAUAAGGGAUUACUUGCCUUUUCCUGCCAGGUAUGUGUUAUUUUUUUUGUUCAUUAACUCUGUGCUAACUGGUGAGCUCAAGCAGUGGUGGAUUUGAUCACAGUGUCAGUUGUUCAAGAUAAAAUGAAACAAGACAGUAGCAGCUGUGGGAGGUGGGAACAUGGUAGCUGUCCUUGGUGCAGUGCUAACACUAAAAGGAAGUAAUCUAAUUUCUGAAACUGGAACAAGCAUUGGAUAAUGACAAGAACUGAAAGGAAGGGCUGUGAUAGAAUUGUUUUUAUUGCUGUUCCAAAUGGAUUGAUCCCCAUCACAAAAAGGUGUAAUAAACUGUCAACACCUCUCAGGACUUUUGAGCCUGUCUUAAACAGCUAUAUCUUUUGGUACCAUGGAAUCCCCAAAAUUCCUCUGGUCUGGUGCAUAAGAUUUGCUUUGGAAGUGGAACAAAAGGCUUUCACACUUUAGUAACUGAACCUAAAUUUAAAUAUCUCACAGUUGCCUCCAGAAGACACUGGAGUUUUCGGUGUCCUUUUCUGACUUUCACAGAAAUGCUUUCUGUAGGUCCUUACACUGAAACCCUGACCUGUAUACCCCACAUAUUGUUGGUCUCAGACAGUGGCAGUCCAUACUGAUUUGACACAUAUGUAUUAUUUCAGCUGUCUGGAUAGAGUCUCAGGUCUGAACAUUACAUUAACAUGUUAAACCCUUCUUUCAAGGCCAAGAGGAACAGGAGCCAGUCUCCAGGCCAGCAAAGCACCUUUACUCUGUGGGUACAGGAAAGUAUUCCUGGAGCUGCAGUCAUGGCUCUAGUGCCUUGCUCAGCCUUUCCACUGUCCUUCAGCAGCACUGGGAUCCAUCUGGAAGAUGCUUCUGUCAAACAUACUGAAUCCAGAGCUUUCCUACAAGGGCUGCUGCCUUCAUGCAGCCAUCAGCUGGCUUCCUUGAAAGCCCAGGCAUUCUUCACCAAACCUCACACUCCCUUAAAUCAUAGGAAUAUUUCAGCUUCAUCUAUUCCUAGUAUUGAUUAUGGGAUAGAUUGGAGACAAGUUGCCAGUAUUUUUACCCAUAAGUAACAUUUUUAAUUUCAUUAUUUUGUUUCUACAUCACCUUCUUACAUAUAUUUGUUUGUGUGGUUGAGGUUUUAUGUUUUUUCAUAGGCUGACAGAUGAUUUGAAGGGAGCUUAAUAUCUUUUUAAAUGAAAAAAAGAAAAAAGUGAUUUUUCAAGCGGAUCAAUAGGGCUUUGUCCCUUCUCUUCUCCAGUCCCUUCUCUUCUUUGUCCCUUCUUCUUCAGUUGAUAUACUGUUAAGUCUUGUCAGUCUUACUGGAGUAGCAAUAAGGUACAAGGUAUUAUAAGAUGAUGAAGAGCUCUGUGCUGUCACAGUUGUAUCUGAUAAAGUAUCUGAUAAAAUUUACUUCAGAGUGCAUGGACAUUACAGGCAGGAGAUAUUUUCUGUGAUGGAUCUGUAACUGCAGUUAUGGGUGAAAAAAACCCCAGACUGUUGGAUGAGAGCAUUAAAAUGUUUUCUGUGGAAAAUACUAUUCUGGAAUAUUUACUAGCCCUACAAAACAUUUGCUUUGUGAGUGGCAGGCCCAUUCAGAUGUGGUUUUACACAAAUGGAACACACUCAGAAGUUAGUCUCUGUAGAGCUGGCAGCUAAAGAACAAGUAAAUUAUUUCAAAAACCAUUUGGACUUCCAGAUGUACUUAGAUAGGCCAGUAUCUGUUCAAAGAAUCAAAUUACCCCUGUGAAUCGCCUGUUUUGCUUUUUUAGUAGUUCCCUCUUGUCCUUAUGUAUAUAGUCUCCCUCAGUGUCACUGGGAUACGACCACCUGCUCUGUCGUACCUCUCCUAGAAGUUUCAGAUGGGAAAGUUGAGGGUGUUGAACUUCCAGCCACGCAGCUUCAAUGACCACAGCUAACUCCUCCCCCAAGUGUGAGCUGCAACCAGAACAACAAGCCAGAUCCCUGUCCUGCUGUCUAGAACCAAAUGGAUCUCUGGGGGAGACAGGGAAGUUGACAACACUUGGGAAUGUGUACAAACCAGAGGUUAUUUAUCUUUUUAUACUCUUCAGUGCCUGCUUAUGAAGAUUAAUAAAAUUGUGAAAACUUAA